AUGGCGCGCAAAGAUACUAUCAUCCCUGCUCACGACCCUCCAGAGGGGCUGAUUGGGGGCUACCGGGGUGGUAGCCUCCCCAUCAAAAUCCUCAUUGUCGUCUUCAGCUCAAUUGCCCUGUACAAUGCCAUCGAACUUGUGAUUCUCAUCUUCCUCACUUUUCACCGGUAUUCCGGUCUCUAUUUCUGGACCAUGCUGCUUUCUGCCGUCCUCGGAGUGAUCCCUCAUGCAAUCGGCUUUCUCAUGGAGUUCUUCGCCGAGGGUCCCAUCUGGCUCGCCAUCACCCUGUCCACCAUUGGCUUCUAUUUUAUGGUCCCCGGCCAGUCCUUUGUGCUCUGGUCACGACUCCAUCUGCUCGUCCAAAGCCCCAAGGUUCUCCGCCGCGUCCUGUACCUGAUCAUCUUCGAUUCGGUCGUCCUCCUCAUCCCGACCACUGUCCUCACCUUUGCGACCGUCUACGUCCGGACCGAGCCCAUCAUCCGUGGAUACAACGUGAUGGAACGGUUACAGCUGGCCUGGUUCUGUGCGCAGGAGAUGAUGAUCUCCGGCAUCUACAUCUGGGAGACGGCUCGGUUUCUGCACUUGCGACCGGACAAGGACCCCGCGCGCCACAAGACCCUGUACGAGCUCCUCUUGAUCAACGUCAUUAUCAUCCUGAUGGAUGUGGCGCUCCUCACCUUGCAGUACACCGGGUUGUAUGCGCUGCAAACGACGCUCAAAGCCACGGUGUACAGCAUCAAGCUGAAGCUCGAAUUCGCCGUGUUGCGCAAGCUGGUCUCGCUCGUCAAUACCCAACAGGAGUCGAGCUCCAGCGACCACGAGGAGUACCCCAAUUUUGUGGACCCCGACCAGAUCGUCGGCGAUGUCACGCACGCCGCUCCUAUGGGAGAGCGAACUCGCCACGUGCGGCCUUGGAGUGGUAUCUCCUUGGACAGCCUCCCCACUUCAGACCGACGGUCGCGUCGGUCGGCAGAGACGGUUAGAUCGCGACCCCCAUGA